AUGCCCUAUGAGCCCCUUCCCUCCCUCUUCCCGAUCACUCUUGAGGAGGCGGUGGAGGAGGAGGAGGUGGUCGCACCUCCUGCUAUGCCCUAUGUCCCUACCUCGGUCCCCACCCCACCUCCGCCUUCAGUUUACCCUCGUGUGGUUCCCCCUGCCCCACCUUCUUCAUCCUCACCCCCCUUGGCUUCCCCUCCUCCUCAUGUUCUUCCCUCUCCCCUUCCACCCUCCAUCCCUCCUGCACCUGCUCCACCCUCCUCUUCAUCUUCCACGGCGCCGCCCGUUGGUGAGGGGGGGAUAGUGGUGCCACCGUCUGUGGAGAUCACCGACGGGCAGCGCCUUGAGGCAGAGCAGCUGCAGGACGAGAGCAGUAUGGAUGGAGUGCAGCAGAGUGGGGGGCAGGAGAUAGGGGAGCAGCAGAGUGGGGAGCAGCAGAUAGGGGAGGAGCAGAUUGAGGAGCAGCAGAUGGUGGACCAGCAGCUAGGGGAACAGCAGGCAGGGGAGCCACAGACAGGGGAGCAGGAGCUGUGGGGAAUCAGAGAUGGUGGUCGUGUUGUGGCUUCUGGGACGAUCACUGCGCCACUGCGUCGCUCCACUCGCAUCACCCGUGGUAUCCCGCCUCUUAAGUAUGCUUAUCUGGGCUAUUGUGGUGGAGCCGGUGGGCUUGGAUGA